CUCCCAGCUGAGCUACCCCGGCUACGAAUUCAAUCACACACUCAACCAUUGCUACAACUACGUGGACAUCCGUUGGCGAAGUUCCUUGAAGCCAGCUAAAACAUUCUGCGAAUCAGAGUGCCCACGGAAAGCGGGAGAACGGCCCCACUCCGGAAAUAUCAACAUGAUUCAGCAAGCAAAUCUCUCGUAAGUACGUAUCAUGUGGUCAGAUAGCGGACAGAAUUGCAUACUUCAAUCCCCGUCACGUUCCCUAGCCACGUCGGCUUUUCGGGUAGAUGCUGCUUGUUGAAUGCUGCCUUAAAUAAGUCGACAUGUCUACCAUGGCCUUCCCAGACUCUCUAUCAUACCCUCCUCCAUUAUAGCUAUGACGGCUGUCCCCGCCCAAUCGACUCGAUGGAUGAAAUACUUCAUGGAUAUCUAUGGACAGGCAAAGCCGCCCGUCCUAGGCUCUUUCGCAGUGAAAGAGAUAGAAGAUAAAGCCCGGGAGGUCAUGAAAGACCAUCUUCCGGCAUACAUGUACACAUUUGGGAGUGCAGGGACGUGCUCGACAGACGCCGCAAAUAGGCGUGCGUUCAACCGGUGGAAAAUUGUCCCUGCAAUGCUCAAGGACUGCACCAAAAGAAAUGUCGAAACAACAAUCCUUGGAGAGAAAUUCCACGCGCCUCUCUUCAUUGCCCCCGUAGGUGUACAGGGUAUCUUGCACGCAGACGGUGAACUCGCAACUGCAAGGGCCGCCGCUGCCUGUGGCAUCCCUUACAUCAUGAGCUCAGCGUCAUCCCGCUCAAUCGAGGAUAUCGCAAAGGCAAACGGGCCAAAUGGUCAGCGUUGGUAUCAGCUCUACUGGCCAGUCACAGACGAGAUAACAAUAUCUCUUCUCAAUCGUGCCAAAACUGCAGGCUUCACUGCGCUCGUCAUCACGCUCGAUACCAUGCUCUUGGGUUGGCGUCCACACGACCUUGACACUGCCUAUAUACCAUUCUACUACGGCGUCGGCAUCCAAGUUGGCUUGUCCGACCCCGUGUUCAUGAAGCGCUCCGGAUACGAACCUGUGCACGAGACCACCAAGUUCCCAUUCGAGCCAGAGAAGGUCAGAAACGCAGCGUUGAACGCAGGUGACGCGGACGCCCAGAAAGCAAUGAAACUGGGGAAGGCGUGGCUCGGAGAAACCAAUUCAGGCACUUUCAGGUCCUGGGAUGACCUACAGUUUAUCAAGGAUCACUGGGAUGGACCUAUCAUUCUGAAAGGGAUUCAGCGGGUGUCCGAUGCGGAGAAAGCUAUCGAAAUGGGCAUUCACGGCAUCAUUGUGUCCAAUCACGGUGGACGGCAAGUCGACGGUGCUAUUGGCUCCUUGGAUGCGUUAUCCAAGGUCAUGCGCUCGCCGAAGGUCCUCGCUGCGCAGACGAAAGGCGACCUGACGGUGCUCUUCGACUCUGGCAUCCGCACAGGCAGUGAUGUUAUCAAGGCCAUGGCAAUGGGUGCACAAGGUGUCCUUAUUGCUCGUCCAUACAUGUAUGGUCUUUCCAUUGCCGGCCAGGCAGGAGUCGAGCAGAUUUUGAUGCAAACCGUGGCUGAUAUGCAUAUCACAAUGGGUCUCUGCGGGUACAGUGAUGUCAAUGACCUCAUUGGGAAGCGAGACGAGCUUCUCGAACCCGUGGAUGAUUGAACAGCAGAUUGCAUUGCAUAUUAACGCAUCAAUUCAUUCAUUUGCCCUAGAAGUGCUGUAUUAUUAUGAACAACGUACUCCAAAUGACAUCUCGAAGGUUAACAUUGCAGGAAUGUAGGAAAA